AUGCUCGGAGCGACUCUCCGGCUGGCGAUCGAGGGGGAUCUUCCAGCGGAGAGUCCGCAAGGGAGCCAGGGGCGGAGGGGGGGGACGGAGUGGGGGCGGGGCAAGGGCAGCAACAACGGAAUGAGGGGAGGGGAAACCAAGGAGGCGCUGCCGAUGGGGCUCAGUCGGAGGCAAACGGAAAAGAUAGAACGUUUAGAAAGCGAGAUCAAGGCCGGGGGAGAACUCCUUUUGGAGAUGAAGGGGGAGAAAGAAGAAGCCGACGAACUCUUGGAGAGGUACCGCGCGGAAAGCCAGAAACUCCGGCGGGCAGUGGGGUACCGGAAAAGCCGGCAGGGGGUAGCCAACCAAACGGUCAAGAUCAACACGAGAGAGGUCGGGUUAGAAAACAGAAGUCAGGUCAAUACCGACCUUCGGCACCUUCUCCAAGUCAUGCUCUCUAAGAACGUCUCAAUCGAGAACGCAAUCCCCCUGAUCAACCAAGUGCUUACAUUUAGCGCCGUCUCUCAAGGCGCAAAGAGCAUCCGCCUGCUCAAACCCCCUUCGGUGUCAACCGUGAGCAAUAUUCAAUUAGAAAUGGGGCACUUGACAGAGUUCCGUCUUUCAAAAGAUUGGCUAGACGGGCGCGCUCGAAACGUCAACCUGUCCAGUGAUGGCACAACGAAAGGUGGUGUUGACUUCCAAGCAGUGGGCAUGGACGUUUUGAAUGAGCAAAACGAGACGGUGCGCUUCCUUGUUGGGUGGAAGUCUCUUGCCAACCACACUGUUGCGGAACAGGUUAAGGAGCACGAGGUGAUGUUUGAGCGACUUCGUUGGGCCUGCUUGGCGAUCGACCCAGAGGCGGCCCAGCAGAUUGCCCGCAUGUCGCUUGACUCGGACAUCAUCGUGGCCACCAUGGGCGACCACGCGAGCGAUCAAAAAGCAAAGACGAAAGAGCUGCAGUUUAGGUCUGAGGACCCAUUGCUCGAAUGGAAAGCGCGGGCUGCCCGGGGGGCUGCCCCGAGGCUGUCCUCGGACUGGUCGGGGGGCUGCCUAGGGGCUGUCCGACCGACCGGAGUGCAUGACCGACGGGUCGGAAAGCCCCCAGGCAGCCCCCCGGUCGGUCGGACAUCCCCCAGGCAGCCCCCCGAUCAGUGGGACAUCCCCCAGGCAGCCCCCCGGUCAGUCGGAAAGCCCC